CAGUGACUUGCAGUCGGAAAUCCGGAUCAUCAGAGAUAAGAACUCAGUUCCCUUCGUACACGAGGGAACUGAACGUCACGUACUGCGAGAUCUGCUACUUCGUUGCAGGAUCUGCGCUUAUGGUGAUCUAGCUGUUAGUUGUACGCGGUCCAAGCAGGAAAAAGCAGACCCACUCCCACGCAUGCAUGCUAUGAGAUUAUAAAACCUACCAAUUGGCAGAACGGCUUGGAAUCUCUUUGGGGACACAGAAGGGCCGUUUUCCACCAGCUAUCUGGAUUAAGUUUCAGCACUAGGAGACUGUGUUUUACUCAACGAAUUGAUCUGGACUGAAAUACUUUUUGAACUGUGACACACAGAGCACAUGGAGGACGAGUACCAGGUGACCGUGAGGACAUCACUAGCACCUAGUGCAGGCACCUACAAUACAGUCUUGGUCACUCUGAUUGGGACCCAAAAUGAGAGCCCAACCAUCUCUGUGGGUGACAUUACACAGGUGCUCACCCCUGGCUCAGAGCGUACCUUUAGGUUGCGAGCCGAAGUAUCCCUUGGUCACGUGGUGCUGGUACGUCUACGUUUGGAAGUGCGGCCUGGUUUCCCUGACCUGGACUGGCACUGCCAAUGGGUGGAUGUGGCACACCUGGGGCACCCUGGCACUAAACAGUCAGCAGAGCGCUUCCGCUGUGACAAAUGGCUGCGGACAGCAGAUGGAGAUGUUGAGCUGCGAAAUGGAGAAAUUUGUAUCAUAAACACAGAGAGUUUGGACAUAUUGAAAAAUCACAGAGCUCAGCAGUUACAGAACAGGCAGCAGCUUUACAGGUGGUGCACAUUUGCUAAAGGUAUCCCUAGUUGUGUCGAUAUGAUCAGCCUGAAGCACCUUGGCCCCAACCUGAGCUACACGCGCCAGAGCCCAGGUGUCAACUUGCACUAUCUGAGGGGUUUUGCAGAUCGUGCUGUGUCCUGGUCAAGCCUGGAGGAGCUGGAGGUGCUUUUUGCCCACAACAUCCAAGAAAAUGCUGUUGCCAAAUUUGUCCAGACUCACUGGAAGGAGGACUCCUUUUUUGGUUACCAGUGUCUCAAUGGCUGCAAUCCUCUUAUGCUGCGUCGGGUUCAACGUGUCCCUCCCAACAUGGCUGUCACUGCUGACAUGCUCCAGCCCUUUCUCUCUGAAGGAUCCUCACUCGAGCAAGAAAUGGAGAAGGGAACUAUUUUCCUGCUUGAUUACGAGGUGCUCGAAGGUGUCCUAUCUAACAUCAUUAAUGGAAAGCAACAGUACCUGACUGCCCCUCUCUGUCUACUGCAUUGUGACCAUCAAGGGCUGCUAAAGCCAAUUGCCAUUCAGCUUCAACAGACUCCAGGUCCUCAAAAUCCAGUGUUUUUACCCUCUGACCCUGAGCCUGAUUGGCUGCUGGCAAAGAUUUGGGUUCGAUGCGCUGAUUUUCAGUGCCAUCAGCUAAUUUCUCACUUUCUACGCACCCACCUGCUGGGGGAAGUUUGCUGUAUUGCUACUCUCAGGCAGUUGCCAGAAAUACAUCCUCUGUACCAGGUGUUGAUGCCACAUGUCCAGACAACACUGCAAAUUAACAUUCAAGCCAGAACAUCACUUCUGGCUCCAGGCGGUGUCUUUGACAAGUCUGUUGGGUGUGGCCUGGAAGGGAUAACAGUGCUACUGCAGCGGGCCACAGAGAGACUGCAUUACCGCUCUCUGUGUGUGCCAGAUGACCUAGAAGACAGAGGUGUUGCUGCACUGCCAAACAACCACUAUGCACAGGAUGCAUUGAAACUGUGGGCUGCCCUGCACAGGUUUGUGUCACACUGGAUAGAUUUGUAUUAUACCAGUGACUCUAAGGUUCAUCAGGACAAGGAGCUCCAGAACUGGAUCCAGGAUAUCUUCUCAGAGGGCUUCCUGGGGCUCACUCAUACAGGCCUUCCGCAGAACUUCAAGACUAAAACAGAACUCAGCAAAUUUAUUACUGUGGUGAUAUUUGCCUGCACAGCAUUGCAUGCUGCCGUCAACUUCUCGCAGUUGGAUUUCAACUUGUGGAUGCCCAACUGCCCGGCAACAAUGUGUUGUCCACCACCCCAGGCCAAAGGGUUGGUGACUAUGCAGGACCUCCUCUCCAUCUUACCAGAUGUCAAUGCCACCUGCAGUGUCAUUACCACACUUUCUCUUUUGUCCCAACCUGGCAAGAACUUUAUCCCUUUAUGUCAGUACCGUGAAGAAUGGUUUAGGAGCGGUGCCCCCCGGGAACUUGUGGAGGCUCUUCAAAAGGAGUUGAAAUCCAUUUCCAUGUACAUUGCAGAGAGGAACAGGUUCCUGGAGCUGCCAUAUCCCUACCUUGACCCUGAAAACAUUGAAAACAGUGUGGCCAUCUGAAACAGAUUAAUUUUCCUGACAUGUCAUAACAAAAAUGUAACCACUUCAUUACAAUAUCAAUCACCCUGUUUCUUGCUUUAGUAAGCAAACACCAACUGUAAACUACUAGAUCUCUGUGUGGUCUUACAUAUUUUUCAAUAGCCAAUUUAACAUUUCUAACAUACAUGUGGCUGACACAAAAUGUCAAGCCACUUCUGUACUGAUCGCAUUUAUUGCUAGUAUCCUUUGUUUCAUUCUAACAUUUUCACUCAAUUCAUACUCAUUUGCUAGUGUAUUACUAUUCUUACUUCAUAGGUAUCAUUGUCAAGACUGUUUAUGUGAAUUUCCAUGUUUAGAGAAAAACCUGUAUAUGCUAAAGGUUAUCUCCUAUUAUAUGGACCUACUUUGUUCCUGAAAAUAGACUGUAUAGCAAGCUUCUGUAAACCAGGAGGUUCUUUCCCAUUAUUUUAAAUGUGGAAAAAAAUGCAUUCCUGGAUUUUAGACAUGUCCAAAAAUUUCCACCUACACCCUCCACACACUUAAAGAGAAUUAAAAAGGAAAUUAACAAAGACUAAAUUAGCGCAGAUUUUUUU